AUGUCGGUCGAAUCGUCCACUGACUCUGACUCUGACUAUGGAGGCGCUGAUCCUCCAGUUGCGCCAGUGGCAAUUGAUCAAGAUGCGGUCACUACGAGCUCGUUACAAGCCCUCCAGUCUGCAGAUCAGCGCAAGGUCAUGGACAUCGUGGACAAGCUACGACGAACCGGGCUCAAUGGCAUAGUUGAGCUGCCCCAGCUGAUAGUCUGCGGUGACCAGUCAUCUGGCAAGAGCUCUGUGCUUGAGGCGAUCACGGAGAUCCCAUUUCCUCGCAAGGAAAAUUUGUGUACGAGGUUUGCGACUGAGGCAAGUGCGCUUUCGUAUCCAGUCAUGAAUUCCAUUAACAGGAUUACGAUAACUCCCGACAAGCUUCGCCACAAGUCGGAGCAAAUCAAGCUCAAGUCAUUCGGCAAGACUAUUAACGACUUCAGUCAGCUCCCAGAUGUGAUUGAAGAGGCCACCCAGGCUAUGGGUCUUGGUGUUGUUGGUGGAAUCAAUUCAAGGGCUUUCUCACGCGACGUGCUUUCAGUGGAGAUUACUGGUCCGAACCGACCACAGCUUACACUCGUCGAUUUGCCGGGUCUUAUCCACGCGACAAACAAGGCACAGACUGAGACGGACAAGGAGUUGAUUCUUGACCUUGUCAAAGAAUACAUGAAGAACCCACGUACGAUUAUCCUAGCCGUCGUCAGCGCAAAGAACGACUAUGCCAACCAAAUCAUCCUCGAUCACUGUCGUAAGAUUGACGAACAAGGCCGCCGUACACUUGGCAUCAUCACGAAGCCUGAUUUCCUACGUGAAGGCACCGAAAAUGAACUCAGCUGGAUUGACCUGGCUCAGAACAAGGACAUAUACUUAGAACGCGGAUGGCACAUGCUCAAAAACCGUAGCGACACCCAGAUGAAGUUCUCAUUUGAGGAACGCAAUGCUGAUGAGAACUUGUUCUUUAGCAAGGGUCGCUAUGCCGAUCUGCCCCGCGAGUGUGUUGGUAUCGACUCUCUUCGCGAGCGUCUGAGCAAAGUCCUGCUGAACCAUUUAAUCAAGGAGUUGCCUUCUCUCAAGGAUGAGAUGAUGGCCAAGCUCCGGUGUACCCUCGACGAAAUUGAAAAGCUGGGCGAGAGGCGCAACACGACCCAUGAGCAACGCUUAGUUCUUAUGAAGAUCAGUAUGCGUAUCAGCGAUAUCCUGAAGUCCGCCACAAAGGGUUAUUACGAGGGGUCUUUCUUCGGUGAUAUCAAUAUGGACGCAGCAGUCGACGAUUCCCAGAAUAUUCGUCGCUUCCGCGCCGUAAUUCAGCACCUCAACAUGAACUUCGCCCAAGACAUGCGCCUUCGAGGCCACAAGUAUGCAAUCACUGCCGGACCGGGUGACGAUGAAAAGGAAAGAGAAGAAGAAGAAAAGGCCGCGGAGGAGUUGGCGGGUCUGCAAGAAGAAAACGAACAGAUUGUCCUUCCAGUACCUACGAAGCUUACCCGUAAGGAAGGGAUUGAGUGGGUCAAAAAGACACUGGAGCGCUCUCGGGGCUACGAGCUACCAGGCACAUUCCAACCUAUGCUGAUAUCCCAGCUUUUUUGGGAGCAGUCUCAUCCCUGGGAACAACUUGCUUCUAUGCAUAUCAGCAAGGUUGCUCGUGCCUGCAAAGAUUUCAUCACAACAGUUGUACAGGAUAAUGCUCCGGCAGAAUUUCAGGAGCGUCUUGCCGCUAUCAAUGUUGAUGCUGCUCUGGCUCGAUCCUGGUCUGACGCAAAAGAAGAGCUGCGCAAGGUGCUGAAAGACAAAGCCCGCCAUCCGAGCACAUACAAUCACUAUUUUACAACUACGAUCCAGAAAAUGAGGCAGCGCAAACACCAGAAGAUGACUCAGGAUGCAGCGGAAAAGUCGGAAGCAACUACCAAUGACGGACAGACCAUUCUCUAUCCUGACAAACUUGCUCAAGCCAUGGAAAAUGCCAUCGAGCUCAACAUGGACAUUUUCUCCAGCACCGAAGCCCUUGAUACCCAGCGCGCUUACUACAAAGAUGAGAUGAAGUACUUUGUCAACACCAUCGUCAAGGCUGUCAUUGAGCGUCACCUUGUGGAGCCGCUUCCCGACAUUGUCCUAUCUCCCCUAGCCGUCACUGAGAUGACAGACAAGGAGAUUGAAUUUGUUGCUGCCGAGCCUGCGGAAAUCACGCAGCAGCGUGCUCAUCUCGAGUCGAGGAAGGCCAUGUUGGAGAAGGGCCUUGAUACUUUCAGGGAGGCUAUGGGCGGUCUGAAGCGGUCUACGGGCUAG